AUGUCAUCCAAUCGCCGCGAAUCCGUUGGUCGGAAACUGUCUCGCCAACAAUCUGCCUCCGGCCCACCGCGCCAGCAGCUCGUCUCCGUAGCCGUACUACCUCCCCGUCUCUCCCAAGGCUUCGCCCCUCCCAACGGCAUCGCCGCCGCCGACUGUUUCAACUGGGACGAGCGCGUCAACUGGACGCACAACGAACCCAUCGAGGACCCCAACAAGCCGGAGGGCAAGAAAUCCCUGCUCAAGCGUGUCGGUUUGACGACCGAUCGCAAGAAGCGCAACGAGGACAUGCCGCCGUUUCAAUUCCGCCAGGUGCCCUACGACGACUGGCGCAAGCACUACGCGAAAGACGCCGAUGGCAACUACCGAGGCACGCACGCGCCCGCAGAGGACUGUCUGCUGAAACCAGAGGAUGUGGCAAAGUGGCGUCUGGAGGCGCCCAAGACCAAGGCGGAUCUAUGGACGCGAGGGAGCGAGGUGUUGCCUGUGUAUGCUGAGGUCAGGGCGGAGGGCGAGCUGCCUGAGUACCAGGACGCGACGACACGGGAGGAGUUGGGGGAAUCAGGUGUAAGUGGGAAUGUGCUGCGGCAGACACAGACGUCGCCGGCGGUGUUGCAGCAGCAGGAGCAGGAUCAGCAACGCGGGGGAUCGAGAAGGGUGAUCUUGAAUGGCAUGACGGCUGAGGAGAUCAUCGCCGCAGAGAGGGAGAAGAACAAGAAUCGCCCGAAAGGGAAUAUGUCCUGGAAGGACAGGGUCAAGAGGGGCGCCGAGAUCGCCAGCAUGGGAUCGGGUGCGCAUUGA